CGUGUAUUCGCAAGACAAUUUCUUGGUUCUCCAUUCGCUUGCCUCUCUGCAGACUUCGUAAUAUAGGAAUUUCUCUCGAGGAGGGGAAGCGAACCCUAGGUGUUCAAGCGGCCCCUUCUGACCAGACAAUUGAAUCCUAGCCAUGGCGUCCCGUAGGCGUAUGCUUCUCAAAGUCAUCAUCCUUGGCGACAGCGGGGUCGGGAAGACGUCUUUGAUGAACCAAUAUGUCAGUAAAAAGUUUAGUAAUCAGUAUAAAGCAACAAUUGGGGCGGAUUUUUUAACCAAGGAGAUCCAGUUUGAGGACAGGCUCUUUACAUUACAGAUAUGGGACACAGCUGGUCAGGAAAGAUUUCAGAGCCUUGGAGUGGCUUUCUAUCGUGGUGCAGAUUGCUGUGUUCUUGUUUAUGAUGUUAAUGUUGCAAAGUCAUUUGAUAACCUGAACAAUUGGCGUGAGGAAUUUCUGAUCCAGGCUAGCCCAUCAGACCCAGAAAACUUUCCAUUUGUAGUGCUGGGAAACAAAAUAGACAUUGAUGGUGGCAAUAGUCGCGUGGUUUCUGAGAAAAAAGCAAAAGCUUGGUGUGCUUCAAAGGGUAACAUUCCCUACUUUGAGACAUCUGCUAAGGAGGGAUUCAAUGUGGAGGCUGCUUUUCAAUGCAUAGCAAAGAAUGCUCUCAAGAAUGAACCUGAAGAAGAAAUAUAUCUGCCAGAUACCAUUGAUGUAGCAGGCGGCAACAGGCAACAACGCUCAUCAACAGGCUGUGAAUGCUAAGAUGGUCUUGAAAAAGCUGCAGUUUACUACCAAUAUUUGUUCUGCAAAUUGAAAUUCUUCUUCUGUAACUUGUCAUGUUUGUGGUUCUCUCUCCAUCCUGUUUUCACAAUCCUUUUGUUGACAAGUUCAUUUGUACUUGGAUUACUUUAUAAAAUCUGUGCAAUAAUCUUCUUUCAGCUAUUAAUGGGAGAUUAUAUUCUUUGUUUA